GGGAAUCGUAACGCUCAAAUCGAACGAACACCGCCUCUUCUGCAUUCCUCGUCGUUUUGUACGACUGCAAUCGUAGUUCCUUUUGUAUUCUUUGCGUUGCUUCACAGACUUAUUGAGGUCUGAUACAAUUGUGAAGCCGCAUUUCUUUUUUGUUGUUUGCUUCUUUCUAGCUUCGCUGCCGCGCCAUAAUCUGCAGCUGCGUUAACGGUGAUUCUUGGCUUUGGGGUCAUGUUCUUGGAAGCCAGCUUUCCCCGACGCGGUGAUUGAGUCCGCGUUUGCAUUUCGCUACUGGUUUUGCUUUCUUCUUUGCUUGCGUUUGCUCUUUUCCACCGUCUUUCUUUGCAGGGGACUCGCCGUAAUAAUUCGAACCCGUCUGAGUCUCCACCUCCUUCGCCCUCUUUUGUCUUUCUCAUUGACGUGGAGGUAUUGCGCACUUUUACAUGCCGUUCUUUAUUGUUAUUAUUAUUCUUAUUUUCUUCUUGUAAUUCGCACAGUUUGAAUCCGUUAACUCACGCCGCUCAACGCAUCCACCCUUCACGAAAAGCAGCGUACUGUCACUCUCUCGCAUUGUGUCACUUGACGGUUAUAUACAUUUUUGCGCAUUAUUAUGAUUAUUACUUUCCGGAGACGUGAAUGACUCUGCAAGAGUCAUGUCCGCCCACUCUUCGCCGACGGUGCAGACCAUGGAGAUGCGCGAUCUCGACACGACUCUCCCCAACGUAGACGGCGGCACCAACGUGAUGGAAGUCGAAGCCCCGCGUCUGGCUCAGCUGCGGGGCAGCAACGACGACAGUCGCGCCGCGGCGGGUCUCAGCCAAGCGCAGUCACCUGCUCUCUCUCAAUGCGUGUCGACGACCUCCUUCGCAGAGCUAUCGGCGAUGCCCACGCUGCCUCGCACCGCGGUACAGCCGCCUCCGCCAGCACACGCGUCGUCUACUUCGCUGACCUGCCUUGUCACCGCCAUGCAGAGCGUUGAGUCGUCGCCGCCACGCUCAACGGGAGCGUCGGUCGUCCACUCGUAUUCCACCCCCCGUCAUGCAGCGGAUAUAGAUGGCGGCGGCCACCCGUUGGCGCAACCGACCCCGCCUCGUCGCAACAACUCCUCUCUCAGCAACAUGCUGUCUGUGCAGAGCAACAUUGUCACCCCGGCGCUGAGUGAGGCGCACACCCCGCGUGGGGGUAGCGCUGUGCCGCAGUUGGCCGUCUUCAACAGCGUCCCUGCCACGCCAGUACCCGAAGAGCUUGUGGAGGAGUGUGAUGGCGCACUCCACGAAACAAGCUGUGACGGCCAACCGCCCACGCAGGCCGCCCGUGUGGACGAGGACGGGGUCGUGAUCGACGUCUCAGAGCCCGGCAACCGCAAAAGCAAGGCUGGUCGUCGCGACCACUUCCACGGAAACGUGAGCGAGGAAAACCUGGAGUUCACGAGUUUCGGUUUGGACGUUUCCUUUAUGAGCGCCGCGUCGUCGACGGGCGGUCCGGGCGGGCGCAAUUACGCCUCUCUCUACGGUGCCGUGUUUCACGUCUUCAAGGGCAACGUCGGUGCCGGUGUCUUCCUGCUGCCGACGUACUACAAAGACGCCGGCUACGUUGUCGGGCCGAUCUGCAUCGCGCUGCUUGGCGCUCUCAUGGUGGAUUGCACCGUCUCACUGCUGCACGUGAAGCACCGCAUCAACCACGUCGAGGUCAAAACCUAUCCCGCCGUCGUGGAGUUUGUGCUGGGUGAUUGGUUUCAAAAGUUCACUCAGUUUGCCCUCGUGUUCACGCAGUUUGGCUUCUGCAUCAUGUUUCUGCAGUAUGCCUCGUCCAUGCUGGCGUCCCUGUUUGAGCAGAAGUGGGUUUACCCAGCCUUCGUCGCCAUCAGCACCGCCGUUGUGACGCCCAUGACGUUUAUCUCGAACAAGCUGCAUCUGCUGAUGUACGCCUCGAUGUUGGCGGGCAUCUUUGCGGUGAUCAUAUUGGCCGGCACCACGGUGGUGGACGUGCAGCACAUCUCUUCGCAAGGCGUCGCCGCCGGCGUUGCCGCGGCGGUACCCACCGCCCGCCUCAUCGUUUUCUUGUCGGGGCACAUGUUCUCCCUCGAGGGGGUCGGAAUUGUGCUGCCGGUGGAGAACAGCCUGCCGCCGGAGAAGCGUGUUCAGUACGGUCAUCUCCUGCGCUACACGCUCGUGUCGCUCGUUCUCUUUUACAUCUUCUUCGGCGUGCUGGGCUACAUCGCGUACGGCGAGAAGCUGCAUACGUCCGUCGUGCUCGCGCUACCCCCCAGUGCAGUGAAGCGGCUGCUGCAGGUGCUGCUGGGACUGAGUUUGAUCUUCGGCUUUCCAAUUCAGUACGUCCCGGCAAUCCAAAUCGUGGACAAGGCCUUCAAGGUGAACAUCAACGAGGACAAGAAAAAGGCGUUCUCGCUGCGUCUCGCACUGAACGUAAUCUUCGGCGCCCUCGCCAUCGUGCUUGGCGCCGACACGAUCAACAUCUUUGCCAGCUUUCUUGGCGCCUUCGCCGGGGUGCACCUCAUGAUCACGAUGCCCACUCUUCUCGCCUUGCAGGUAGAGCACGCGCUGAACGGCGACAAGGACAACUAUGAAUACAAGGAUUACCUUUUAUUAAUGUUUCAGGGUCCCUACACGCUCCGACGCUGCAACUACUAUCUUUACCUGCUGCUGGCGUUGGCGAUUUGGAUCGGAGGGCUUUACUUUACCAUUGUCUCCGUUUUUGUGUACGGCACUGUGUGA